GGAUUACUUAUACGCAAUAGACGGAGCAAGUCGUAUUUAAUAACUCUGGGAUUGAUUCGGGAAACGUGACAAGUUGAAGAAUGCGUUCAUUAUCAGCCUGUCUUGGUUUCACAUUGAUCGUUACUGUUUCUUUCAGAGUAAGUGAGGCUUCUCCCGUCACAGAUAAUCAUGGAACUUUGUUUUACGUUUUUGGAUCAAAAGGUGUUUCCAUUAUAGACCCAGAGCGCAAAACGAUUUUGUCGAAAAUCACUGAAGCCGAUGGCAUUUGUACCAAGUCAAACAAUCGGUUUUCCAGGGAUAAUUGUUCGUUUGGAGGCGAGAUAUCGGUAAAAGAUGAACUGAUCUUCUUCAGCGACAUGUCUGGGAACAGAGUUCAUGUAAUUGAUGUGCAAAAACAAAAGGUUGUAGAAACAAUUUCCACUGGAGGAUAUCCAUAUGAUCUUUAUUAUCUGCCUUGGCUGGAGGAGGUCUGGGUUCACACGUGGACCAACUCCACCUUUGACGUCAUCAAUAUUGCGGGAAACCUGGAAAAGACUCACAAGGCUAUCAAGGCGCAUGUGCAACCAGGCUGGACACAUGGUUUCAUGUACGCUUAUAAACAAGUGAACAAUGGCAAAGUGGGUUACGUAACUCACAUGUCUGACCCAGGUCUCCACCGACUCGACCUAUCAACCAAGACAUACAAAGACUUUGUGAACGUUUCAAACUACGGCUGUACAGGAACUUUCAACUUUGCUUACAGUUCCGUGAACGAACAUGGAUUCUUUGAUUGCCGUGGAACAAACUCCAUUUUGGAGCUAGACGUCUCAACCGAUCAAAUCGUCCGAAAGUGGAAUUUCACCGGUGUCCCGUACGCCUCUCCUGACGGUCGCUCUAUUGUGACACUUUACAAAUCCGUCAACGUAUCAAUCAACGUACUCCUUGCCAGCAAAGUGUAUGUCCUUGCUAUUACAGGGAACAGCGCUCCCACUUUAAAAUCCACCAUGGAUAUCCCUGGAGGUGUCAGCGAGCUAGUGUUCGACCCUGCAAACAGCAUGGUAUCUUACAUCAGCCUCAUUUACAGCGAUAAGAUUGCAGUGUUGGAUCUCAAACUUCUCAAAGUCACCUACAUCACCGGUGUUGGAGGCGUGUUUUCUAGACCCGGCAUGCACGCCAUCAGCCGGCCCCUUAUCAUAGCAGACUCUUGGAUUGUAACGCCAGCCACUGCGAGCAGCUCCGUUGCCAUAAUCAACGCAGCGACCCAAGAACUGCAUGGCAUGGUGUCAGGGGUUCCUGGGGGUAGGGGUUUAGUAGCGGUGCAGCUGAAAGCUCUCUCUCCACCUGCAUCUGUCGCGGGAUACCGCUACCUUUCACAGGAGAUGCUUGCCUUCAUCUUGCCGUCUGCUCUGUAUGUGAUGGUUGGGUGAGACGAGGAGGACUUUCGGAUUAUGUGUUGAUCUUGCUUGCGAGUGAUAGAGUUAACUUUGGUAGACUAGACUUUGACAAUGCUAUAGCGCGGUUGUUGACCACAACACUAAUCAAAUGCAAAUUAGCCAUUUUAUAGCGGUUUUCACUUGAGUGUCGAACAGUGAUAGGUUUUGCAUCACUACGCUGGACGAUUCACCCAAAAAUCUUGCGCCGUUUUCUAUACAAUCAGAAGUAAAACCAAAACUAAUCGUAACUCGCUCCCACACGUUUUCCCGCGCUUCGCGUCAGCUACAUGUACUUAGUUAAGUUUUGAUUGGCUCACUGGAUUGUGUGUAAUUUGUGAUUGGCUAGAGUGUUUACAUCGGUUUAAGUUUCACGAUAUUCACAUGUUGUCCACGUGAAAGCCUUGAGACAAUACAACCAUGUCCCAAUCACCGGACUGAAUAAGCUGGUCAAUCACAGGAGAGCGCAAUGUAGAAAAAUAGUUGCGUAGCCUGACAAAUCAUGCUUGCGAAGGAAAAUAAACAAAACAGCCAAAUAUACACUACAA